AUCCUCACAUAGUUUCCAAGAUGGCGACCUGAAAACCAAAAACGUCAAAAUUCUGUCAUCUUUUUGUCAUUUUCUCUCGUUUUAAACGAGAUAGACGCCCAGGAAAGGUGUUGUACGUUAGACAAAGAGUUCCAGACCGUUUGCCAGGAUGGAUAAGCUGACUCUUAUUUCGGGAUUCCUGUUUUUCGCCGCCGAUGUUUUCGCCAUCGCAAGCCUGGCGAAUCCGGAGUGGAUCGUCACUGACGAAGAUGCAGGCUCUGUGAACCUGGGUCUCAUCAGCCAAUGCCAGACCAUCCACAAGCGUGAGAGAAUAUGCAUGGCGCCCACACUGCCGGCGGAGUGGCUGACGUCGCUUCUCUUCAUCGUGGUGGGCAUCAUCUGUCUCACGGUCACGUGUGUGCUGCUGUUCGCCUCCCACUGGCACCGCAGCGUGCUGAAAUACGCCAGAUGGAUCGCUUUCUUGGGAAUGGUCCUGUUCUGCCUAGCAGCCCUGAUCUUUCCCAUCGGCUUCUACGUUGAUGAGAUCGGAGGACAGCCCUACAAGCUACCCAACAACACCCAGGUGGGGUCAUCCUACGUGCUGUUUGUGCUGUCAAUCUUCUUCACCAUCAUCUCGGAGUUGUUCGCAGGGAAGGUUUGCCUUCCCGUGUUCUAGAUCUUUGAAUAGCGUAGUCAGCUGCGUAUAUGUGUAUAGGUAGAAAACUGUAUUUUGAGACCAUAUAUGAUACCAGCUACAUUUGUAGGCAGAUACAAUGGCCUUUAGUGAAGACAAACAUGAAAUUUGAUGGAUCCACAUACUGCAAAAAAAAACUUAGGUUUGAGACCAUAGUCUGUAGUGAUAAAACAUUGGUAUGGCACCAUAUAAAUGAUACUACACUACAGAUAACAGCUUGUUUGAUGCAACAAAAAGGAUCAUGGCAACUUUGUAUGGUGAACUACGUGUACAAACUACAAAAUAGAAUUGCAAAGCAUAGCAAAAGACAUGUUUGUGUAGAGAUGUUUGGACAGUAUUGCUUCUUUUUCAAAUAUGGUCAACGUCAGAAUAUUGAAGAAAAUAGAUGAUUGUACAUUAAGGUGAUGGUUAUAUGUUGAUAUAAGAAAAAUGGGCAGCAUUGCAAUGCACAUUGUACAUAAUAUAUCUGAUCAAGUUUGUUUUGCUUCUCAUUUGAACUUGUCACAACUUUGCUUUUAGUUCUUACAUAAGUAGAUGUACGAUCAUUGUCAUAUCGGACUGUAGGUUUACACAUGUGUAAAUAUUGACCAAUCCAUAGAGAGGAGGACAUUCCGCAUUGUAUAUUGUAUCUGCACGUCAUUGUACUUGAGUAUUGUUUCUUGUAAGGAAAAAAAAACAUAAAGAAAAGGGAAGUUUUCUUCUUAGUUUUUGUAUUGAGAAAAAUAGGUUUUACCACUAUCAUUUGUACCACACUUCACUCCAUAUGUCCCUGUGGCACAAGUGGUAAUGCAGCCCCGGAUCAAACUCCGUGGACAUGUGGGUAUGGGUCCGAUCCUAGAGUCGGACAUGUUGUAAUACUAAGAGAUUGCAUGUGUCAGGUUGGAUGGUGACGCACAGCCAGCGGUCCCAUGUAUGAGGGAGUUUGGGCGUAACCCAAAAAAAAUGCACAAAGAAGACCCCAACAUUUUUAUCAAGAAGAGUGGGGUAUAAUGACCCAGUGUGCUUGGUUAAAAACGUGUACAAUUGCAAUGGUUGAUGCUCCGUCGUGGUUGUUUUUUAUUUCAUUCAUAUUUCAUUCACUUCACUCACCCUGUUUGCCGUCUGUCAUUUCCAUAUCUUGAAGGUUAGACAAGACUUUCACAUAGAUUGGAGGCUUGAUGGCAGCCUGUCAGCACUGUUGGGUCUUAAAACUUUUAAAUCUUUCAAAAUCAUGUUUUAAGCUGCCCAGUAUUAUAGAGAGGCUUGUAGUGUACCCGUAUCUGUAUGUUAUGUGUUGCUCCGAUGUUUAUUAGAAAGCAAUCAUGUAAAGAAAUAUUGAUUUCAACUUAACUGUAUGUAACAAAUGGAGCCUGUUUUCUUAUAUAUAGAACUCAUUGUAAAUAAAACAUCUUAUAGUAUUUGUGUGUGCUGUGUAUUUGUAGUUGUUGGAUCUGCACACUA